UUCAAAUAGUGUUAAUGCAAUGACGUUUCAUGUUUACUUCCGGUGUAGUUUUCCGGUGGCUAGCUAGCGACAGCAACUAGCUCCCGGUCGAAGCCUGCUUAGCAAGCUAACCAGCCUCCUUCGGGGUAAUCAUGAACAUUCUCCCUAAGAAGAGCUGGCACGUUCGCAACAAGGACAACAUCGCCAGGGUGAGGAGAGAUGAAGCUCAGGCAGCCGCGGAGGAGCAAGAGGCCAAGCGGAGAGUGGAGCGAGCCGAGCAAGAGGCACGCACUGAGUUGCUGCGAAAGAAAGCCCGAGCCGCUCUCCAGUUGGAAGCAGGUGGAAGCCAGGAGGUGAAAUUCGAAGAACAGAAUGGAGCCUUGGAGCACCUCAACCUCUUCCCCCUCGAGGAAUCUGUGGUGAAGAAGGACAAUGAGGAGUAUAUCAAAGAAAAAAAAGAGGAGCAGGAGAAGCAGGAGCGCGCCAUCGGCUUACUGGUGUCUCUCGGGCCCCAGCCGGGCACCGAGGUCACACCGUGGUACAUGAAAAGUGGCCAGGAGAAGGAAGAGGAGAAGAAAGAAAAGGAGAAGCAGAGCGAGAAGCGGAACGACAAGGGGAAGGAGUUAACCGAAGAGGAGCGGGAGAAGAAGGAUCGACAGCUGAAGAACAGUUUGGACCCGUUGAAGGAGAUGAAGAAAGCGAUGGGCGAGACAGUCGCCAAGAUGCACAAGAAAAAAGACAAGAAAGACAGAGGGGAGAAGAGGAGCAGCGGGGAAAGCUCAAUAGAGCGACUCAGAGCGGAGCGUUUGCAGCGCGAGGCGGACGAGCGGCGGCGGGCCCAAGAGCUGCUCGCUCAGCGCAACGGGAAGAACAAGGAAGCGGACAGGGAGGUCAACGAGCGGGAUCGGCCCUACAACAGCGCCUACUUUCCAGAGCUGGCACGCAAGCGGCAACGGCGCGACAGAGACAGCUGGAGGGACGAGAUCCUCAAGUUAUGAACUCUUUGGUUAUCACACACUAAGUAGAUAUUUUCUUUAGCAGAACAAGAAGUGUCAGGGUAGGUGUGGUUAACUCAUUCAGUGCCAGCCCAGAUGAAAUAAAUGUUUGACGUCUAUACUCGUCAAUGGCAGUGAAUGAGUUAACUAUGUUGUUAACUUUUUUUAAUUUAUGAACAUCAGCACAAAUUACAACCCACAACAAUAAACAUCACGGUGCUGAAUUUAUACUUCUCAAAAGUGAACAUUGUCGUCUUUGCAAAGGCAGAAUUGAGUGUGGUCGGUUGCUCACACAUUUUUUUUAACAUAAAAGCUAAUCAUUCAGAUUUUAAACGAAGUGAAGAUAUUCCUUGGUCAGAAUGUUCUCAAUUUAUCGCCCUAUUGUUUUCAUGCAUUUUUGAAACAAUUUGUUUCAAUCUAAAUAUUGGAAUGUAUAUAAUUAAUGGUCCAAUAAUAAUAAUAUGAUACUGUAUGUCAUUAUAUUUUUAUUAGCAGCCAUAAAAUGUAACUUUUACGUGGGGAUGACGUCACUCAGUGUCCCAAAAGGCUAACGCAAAUGAAAAAAGGAAGAAGAUGAUGAUUUCCUAACACUUAAAACAAGCAAUCACAAGAAAACAUGAGCGCUCACUGUGAGAAUGAUCUUGCGAAACAAUAUGGCAGUAGAAACGUGUCAACAAUUUUGACGAUCAUUAAGCAGAAGGAAGCCCUCAAACCGAUCAAGCCAUCCAAGGGGAUCACCAUCAUCUCGAAACGUUUGGAUAAAGGACAAGGAGAUUACUGAUGAAACGAUCAUAUGUGAGAAGGCCAGCGCCAAAUAUUGUCUUAUGUUAACGUCAUGCAAGUUGGAUGAAGUAAAAAAAGCUACAUUAGUUGAAGUUUACAUACUCUACAUUUCAGUAUGUCACGGAACUUAUGUAUCUCUAUGUGUCUCUAAGGUACAGUGACAAUAAAACCCCCCUUUUUAUUGA